AUGGACCUAGAUCAGGAAGAGCGCGUCUCAACUCCUGUCUUGGAAACGGCGGAAGAGACCUUGGACUCCGUCUCAGACUCGGAACCAGAUGCGAACCAAUCCGAAACAGGAGAUGAAACGGAAAGUGACGAGGCAGGCACAGUAGAUCAACAAAUACAGCUCGCUCAGGAUUUCAGUCCAGUAAGCAAAAUCCCCUGGGUGUUCGUAGUUGCCAAUAAGAAACGCGCGCAGGGAGGGUCGGUACGAUACCCGGAUCUGACCCUUGACGCGAAAGGCAGCCAUGUCUUUCAAUUGAUCUGUGAAAUCAAUGAAAAAUUGAUACACAUGUUGUUGGACGACAACGCUCUCGGAAAGGCACUACUGGUGGCUCCUGAAUUGCAGGAUGUUGCAGACGAUUUGGUGGCAGAUAAACCGGGGACACUUCGCACGUUGCAUCUUCCAGCUGAAGCAAUGGACGGUUUCAGCCGAGAGCAGCAGAGAAAUUUCGCGAAUUGGCUUCAUACCAGCGUUGAACCGUCUGACACCAGAUUACACCUGAUUCUAGCGGAAAAGAGAAAAGCCAUCUUACAUGAAGACGCAAAAUACGCACUUUGCAUGCUGGUGGAUGGUAAAGACAAACAAUUCUGCCGAUAUCUGAGCGCCCGACCAGAAAUGAUCGAUGACUUAGCAAAAUUUCCGAAAGGAAAUGGAAUAUUCACGUGGCAUAUCAUCUCUCAAAUCGCCCCGCAGAUAUCAGAAAACUAUAUCGGUUACAAUUUAUAUCACGAUUCCCACAAUCUUCGCCGUCUCGCACAUUCGGUAUAUUUGUGGCUUAAGGAAGAAUUCGGGAGAAAACCAAGUGACAAAGGUCAGAGGAAUAUUUUGUUCAACCGAACAGUCCAGCUUGUCCUGUCGUGUUCUGAGUCUGGCAUAAACCCAGCCUUGACGAGAUCAGACAAGUUCAAAGUUUUUGGCCUAAUAUAUGGUUCCAUCCAAGGCGGCGCUUUGAGACAUAUGGGUCACAUCCAGAAGAAACAGACAAUGAGAAACAAGAUGAUCGGAAAGACUGUUGCUAGUCUAGUUAUGGCCGGUUUGCUGAUCCCAGGGAUCUUUUGUGCCCAUUGGGGAGGAAUCCUUUUGAGCUUGGGCGCAGCCUUCAUCCGGCCGUGGGUUGAAGAAGGAGCCAAGAAAGUCGCAAACAAGAUCAUGCCACCAACUAAAUGGUUUACCUUCAUGUAUCGGGCGGUAGAGGACCAACUUGAUGACCUUGAGUCAUGGGUAAGGGAGCAUCAUGUCAACACUCCUGACACUGACGUGAACUCGUUUAUUUAUUAUUCUAGGCUUGGUCUCAAGAAAGGACUACCAAACCCUAAGUUUAACUUUUGA